AUGCGGCUCUCGAUAAACCCACUCCUUAGACCCACCUCUUGGUACUGGCUGCUCCUUACCCAGGCUCUGGGUCUCGGACUGUCCCCAGUGGGGGCCUACAGCUCGGGAAACCUGCUCACCUGGAUGCAGGCCAGCAACUUCGGCCUGCAGGUGCUCCAGUAUGCUCUCAACGAUACCGAAUCCACGGCGGCCGACGAGAGGGCCUGUGUAGCGGAAGUGCAAGUGCUCCUGACCGCGGCGGGGGCUCAGGCCUUGCCGGCCCUCCGAGUGCUCGACGCCUGGGGAAAGUUCCCUCAGGGCCUUCUCUACGGCCACUUCAGCGACCUGGGAAAUUACGAGUCCUGCUUGAGUGGCAGUUACCAAUCCGUGGGGAGUGGGCCCAAGUACUGCCUAACCCACAUCCAGUUCAAGAGCCUGCUCCUAGAGGCCGCAGGAUCGGAAGCCCUCACUCUCAACAUCGGCACCUGCGUUCCCUCAUCCUGCAGCGCCGCCCAGCUGAACCGGUGGCUUCACUCCCACCUCCAGUCCAUGUUCGGAGAACCGGCUAGUCCGGCGGAAGUACGUGGUGUCCUGGUCCAAGAGCAGUCUUGUUCUGUGUCCCAGGCCGCGCCAUUGGGGGGACUGGACUGGUUUGCGGUUUCCAUUUUCGCCAUUCUGGGCACAGUAGUUUUAUUGGCCACUCUCCUGGACUACCGGAAAGCUUCUGGAAAGCUGAUCGGGGCCUUUUCACUGCGCCGGAAUGUCCCCCAGUUGUUCGACACCUCCACCGCACCAUCGCCUCGGGUGAUCCCAUGCCUGCACGGCAUCCGAUGCCUGACUAUCCUCUGGAUUAUCUUUGGCCACGGCUACAUGUUCCUGUUGUUGGCGCCGAACAUCAAUUCUUACGAAAUUGUGGUUUGGGCCCAAACUCCCUUUUCCAUGCUCCUUCAGAGCGGCAGCACCUCGGUGGACACCUUCUUCCUACUUAGUGGCCUGCUUCUCGUUCUGACCACGUUGCGAGAGAUGGAGAGAAAUCAGGGACGCCUCCACGUUCCACUGAUGUACCUGCACCGUCUGGUGCGCCUGACCCCUGUCUUGGCUCUAGCGGUGCUCUUCUUCAUGACCCUUUUCCCCCGCUUGGACAAUGGCCCCCUUUGGCAGCAGUUUACAAGCUCUUCGGAGCUUUGCAAGGACACUUGGUGGGCUACCCUCCUCUAUGUUCAGAACUACGCAGCUGCCGGUCGCAUGUGCCUGGGCCAUUCCUGGUACCUUGCUGUAGACAUGCAGCUGUACGUCCUGUCGCCCAUCGUUUUGAUCGCCCUUCAUAAGUGGGGCAAGCGGGCCGUGGGAGGCAUUGUGGUGCUCAUCUUGCUGCUCUUCGGCUGCGUCUUUAGUAUAAUCAUGUUGAAUGAGCUUCAGGUGUUCGAUCGCCGGGGGAACCUCGGGGCCGACAGUCCCCAGAUGCGCCUCAUCUACUAUACAACACACGCCCGGGCCACGCCCUGGUUGAUUGGGCUGCUCUUCGGUCACUUUCUGCACACCCAGGGCGGACGCAAGGCUCGCCUGCCCAGAUGGAUGACCCCCUUGAUGUGGCUCCUUUGUUUUGGUCUACUGGCAAGUGUCUUGUUCGCCGUGUUUCCGUACACCCAGCCCGGAGCCGUAGCCAUCUCGCCCGUGGCCGGCGCCUUCUACCUGUGCAGCAGUCGCAUCGCCUGGCCCCUGGCGCUGUGCUGGCUUAUCUGGGCCUGCCAGAAUGGAGUGGCCCCUGGAAUCGACAGCCUGCUUGGCUGGUCUCUGUGGCAGCCCCUAUCGAAGCUCUCCUACUGCCUUUACAUUUGGCACUUACUGGUGGAGACUGUCAACGUAGCCCGCACCAAGUCGAGUCUGCACUUUUCCGACUACGAUGCGUUCCUUCGGUUCUGGUCGGACUUUGGUGUCACCCUGCUGGUGUCCCUGGUCAUGUACUUGUUCGUAGAGAUGCCUGUGGUGCGGAUCGAACUAGAGUUGCUGCGCAAGUUUCGCAAGCCUAAAAUCGAUCCUGCGGCUGCUGUAGAUGCCCCUCCCGUACCACCAGUCACAAGCAUUUCCCGCCAAAACUUAGUGGAUCCCUAAUCCUUGUCUCGUGUCAUGGAGAGCCGGACUCAAGGGCACCAAUCAGGGUUGUUGUUAAUAUUAUAGCGUUAUAUAGCGAACUAGUCUCUCAGUUUUAA